GCCGGAUCCAGCCUCCCGCCUCUCGGCCGUGCCUCCCCGGCGCCUCCCGCACAGCCCCGAGUGCCGGCAGCGCGGCUGCGGGCGCUGCUGCUGCGGGGAGCGCGGAGCGGGGCCGGGGGGACCAUGAUCGCACCCGCCCCCGGGAGCCGCGCCGCCUCCGCUCGGGAGCCCUAAAGCCGCUCGGCGCCGCGCUGCCGUUCUCCGCGCGGGCAUGGGGAACCAGGUGGAGAAGCUGACCCAUCUGAACUACAAGGAAGUUCCCACGGCCGACCCAACGGGCAUGGACAGAGAUGAAGGGCCCAGGAUCGGGGUCUCCUACAUCUUUUCCAAUGACGACGAUGAGCUGGAGCAGCAGCAGGACUCGGGGCACGACCUCGGAGGUGAGCACCCUGCCCUGCAGCCCUAUGAUCCCCAGCUGCACGAGGUGGAGUGCUCCGUCUAUUACCGGGAUGAGUGCAUCUACCAGAAGAGCUUUUCCGAGGAGGACGUGCUGCCGGAGGAGGGUGAGGAAGGAGGCAGGGGACACCUGAGCACCUACACCCCGGAGAACCUGCUGAACCGCUGCAAACCGGGCGACCUGGUGGAGUUUGUGUGCCAGGCCCAGUACCCGCACUGGGUGGUCUACGUGGGGGAUUUUCAGGUUGUGCACCUGCACAGGCUGGAGGUGGUGAACAGCUUCCUCACCGACGCCAGCCAGGGCAGGCGGGGCCGCAUUGCCAACCAGCUGUACCGCUACAAACCCCUCAGCCCGGCCACAGUGGUGCGCAACGCCCUGGAGCAGGUGGGCUGCAAGGACCGGGACCUGAGCUGGAGAAACUCGGAGUGUUUCGCUGCCUGGUGCCGCUACGGCAAGCGGGAGUUUAAAAUCGGCGGGGAGCUGCGCAUCGGCAAGCAGCCCUACCGCCUGCAGAUCCGGCUGGGCGACAAGCGCAGCCACACGCUGGAGUUUCAGAGCCUGGAGGAUCUGAUCAUGGAGAAGAGGAGAAAUGACCAGAUCGGUAGGGCUGCCGUGAUCCAGGAGCUCUCCAGCCACCUGCAGGCUGCAGAGGAGGAGGACGAGGAGGAGGAGGAAGACCAUCCCCACCAUCCAGGUGCCCGGACUGCUGUGGAGUAGUGCCUCAGCACCGCCAUGCUGCUCGGGCUGGGUGAUGGGGAUUAAAACGGAAGGCUGCGAAAUUGAGCUGUUAUAAACCCUUUGGGCCGUUUCAGUGCAGCUUCAUUCCGAUCACAUGUGAAAGGAAGGGGGGAAAGCUGAUUAAGUGUCUGUGCUUUAGUGCUUAACUCCUUCAGUGCUCAAUGAUAAAAACCACUGACUUAUUGUAGAGGAUAAAACUCAGGGCAACUCUACCCUUCUCCACUCCCACCUCUUUCCCUUCCUCUGUGCCAGCCUGUUCUUCCACCAUCUGCCAGUAGGCCUGACCCUAUGGGAUGCUAAAUGCCUUUGACAUCUACUUAUCAGCAGAAGUUAAGAGUACUUAAUACUAUUAAGGAGCCAACAACUUUGGGACAUGGCCGUGUUUAUGUGAGUGUGUGAUUAGUUGGUAGCUGGGAAAUGUGACAUGCUGUUGACCCUUCUCUGCCUUUUGUCUUCAGUUGGGGCUCUGUUGAUCUCGCAACAAGCUGCUGCCUUGCUUGCUUGAGUGGUGCUAGGCUUUAUGGAUGGGCAGCCAGCUCCCCAGGAGGUGUAAGGGAGAAAUCACCUCUGACUUCAGUGAAAUGUUUUUGAUGUGCCUGGUGCUUUCUUAAUUAAUAGGAAUGUGCAGGUGGGCUGGGGGAGCUCUGCCUUUGCUAGCAGCACGUGGUUCUGUUGGGGAGAGAGGAGUUAUUAUUGCUGACCAGCCCCAGGGAGGAGGAAGCUCGCAACCCUGGUUGUGGAGUCUGCGCAUUGGUGUGUGCUUAGGCUCUUACAGGCAGAUACUGAGCUCUGCUGGAGCUUGUUACAGGCUCCCUGGCCCCCCCUAAAGCAAGUGGCAGAGCUCCUGAUGACAUCUGGGGCAAGUACAGAGGCCAUAGAAGCAGGUUGCUCAUAUGCUCCAGCACAUCUCCAGUAAGCUACCCCUCAAGAGGUGGUCUCAUGACUGGGAGCUCCUGGCUCGCUGGGAGUGUGGCACAGGUCCUGCACAGCAGCACUCCCUCCCUGUGAUGGGAAGGAGUGCAGGAUGGAAGGCAGGGGGGUUGGGAUGUUUGUUUUAUUCCCCCCCCUUACCACAAAGCAAUUUCUUCUUCAUUAGGGACUUCAUCUUUCCCUAUUUUCUACUAAUUUUUAUGAUGUGCAGCUGAGCUAUAGCAUUGGACGAGAAGAUAUGCCUUCGGAGUUGUUGGGUAGGUCCCUCAUUAGGUGGGUUGGGGGGUGCAGCGCUGCCUCCCUUGAAUGUUCCCUGAAUUUUGCUUUCAGCUGUUGAACUGUCCUCCCAUGUGGGCACCAUCAGAUCAUUGUCCCGAGAUCUUAAGUGCGUGAACAAACAGAUUUGGACUCAGCUUAUAAUACAAAAUUCCUUCCCUUUAAAAACACGGUAGUGAAGAGAUGAACCUGAAGAUAAGCUUGAGUUCAUUUAAAUAACAGCGAUUAACGUUGUGCUGUAAACUUGAAGCGUUGUUACUACCGUCUUCCCUGCGGUUGUUGACAGUUAUACCACAAAUAGCAAAGUACUCCGUGUCCUUUCUGCCCCUUGGGAGCGGAGGUUGUCGAUUAAGAAGUUGAUGCCAUUUUUUGAUUAGCUAGAACUAUAUGGCUCAAAUAAAUCUGAGUUUUCUUCCUACUAUACGCAACCUAGAGGGAAACAAAGCAGUGAUUAGCUACUUCAGCCUUGCUUGGAGAGGAAAUGUGGCUUUUAAGGUUAUGCAAAUACACCACACAGUGUUUCCUUAAUGGCUCUGUGUUCUCAUUUUGGGUUGCGAAAUACCCAAAUCCAAAGGAGAAUGUAACGCCCAGCUCUGUUAGAAUGCUAUGGCUCAGGUGUCUGCACCGGUGAUGGUUUUCCUCAAUAUGCAGUUGAGUCAUACUCAUGUUGGUGUGGCUGUCAAGCCAAUGUGCAACCUUUCUUUAAAAGUAUGGUAACAACCCAUAUCUGACUGCAACAGGAUUCGUGUGUGAAGGGCUGCACGCAGCUUUUAUACAAUGACAAAAUGCUGAAAGCUGAAAUGAUCACAAAGUCCGAAAGAGAAUGGAGAGUCUGUGUUGCACUGACUGCUAUGAGACAACUGAGGUUAUCUAGACCAUAAGUAAAUGUCUGGCUGUUGCUUCUUUCAUACUGACCCUUGUAUAUAGCAAAGUUUAUUUCUCUGUGUAAUAUAUGUAUGUAAAAUAAUAUUUUCUUACAGAUAUUUUUGAAAGUUAAAACAAAAAUAAUCCAUCAUAACCUUGCAUUUGAAAAUAAGUUGUUAUGCACAUUAUUUUCCAGUCCUCUGAAUGGGUUUAUUUUUCAUUAAUGAUCUAAAGUAUAUUCUAGGUCAUAAAGUAUAGAAACUGCUAUAAAUGUCAAAUAUUAUGUAUCUACAGGGUACUAAACAGUAAACUAGUUGUGAAAAUAUUUUUCCCUUGUGUCUGAAACAUCAGAACUAUGACACACAGCCAUUUCUCUCCUUCUGAGAUAUCCUGCGUGGUCUGGCUUUGUUUUCUGUGUUUUGUUUUUUUCUUUUCCUUCUUUCCCUUUGUUUAAUUAAAAAAAAAAAAAAAAAGACCAAAUCUGUCUGAGAACAAAGAGCAAAGCUUCUCUGACCAACCGAAAACAUGUCUUGUGCUGAUCUUGGUGCUUCCCUGUGCCGGUCAUGCCUCUUGGGAUCAAUUCCGAUGCAGGCAUUAGGGCCUUAACAAAGAAUCCCAGAGCUUGCACAGCCUUCUAGGACAGAGAGCUGAGCAGAGGGCUUUGCUCACAGCAAAGCAGCCUGGCAUGCAGUCAGCUGUGUUACAAAGCCUGUCCGCUUCUCUGGCACCUGCAGUUCAGGUGUUCAGUGCUUAAAAUGUCUACAUUUGGAAUACUUACGUUGUUCUGCAAGCUAUGCUGGGGAUUUAUUCUGUCUCCUGCAACUCCAUUAUUUGCAAAAGUGGGUUUUCGUUAUUCCUGGUGUUUUUAAAGGUUGAUUUUGUUUUGUUUUGUUUUUUUUUUUGUUUUUGUUUUUUUCCUAUGUCCUAACAGGAAUUUCUUACCCCAACAGCUAAGGACUGUUGAAUCUUUAACAGGUGGGUCUUUUUUCCCUACCUGUUGAUUAGGCAGUGUUAUUCAAUAGGUGCUAUAAACACCACUGCAAACACUUCUAAGCAUGUUGGUUUUUAAAGCCAUGGACUCAUAACGUGCAAACUAGAAUUGCUGUCGGAGCGCAUCACAACUGCUUAGCUUCUCGUUUUUUGUUUUACUUUAUUCAGUUACUUUCUGCAGACUACGCUGGGAUUUCUACAGUUUGUUUUUUUUUUUUUUAAUCAAAAAAUCUCUUGGGGAAAACUGAUUCUUCUGUGUGUGUGUAGCUCAAGAUUUUUUUAUUGCUCAAAAAAGAGGGGGAGAGAAUAGAUAAAAGCACCGCUCUUCUUUAAGGUAGAGAAAUGAAGGUGUGAUCCUUCUGCAGAGCUUCUGGUUCAGUAAAGGCCCAAGGCCUAUGCUGAAUUUGAAGUUGAGCCACUUGGAAAAAUCCUCAAAACUCGUAAUAUGCUUGAAGUUAAGUGACUAUUUGCAUUUCUGUCUGAAUAAGGCUGGAAUCUUGAUCUGAGGUCUCUGGUGGGAGUGUGGAGGAUCUGACGUCGCCUAUUCACAGGAAGGGCACAAGAAGCACUGUGGAAGCUCUUUCUCAAACGGCCCUUGUCCAAACAAAGCAGGUGGGAAUCCAGCCCAAAGUUUGGCCUCAGUUUCCCCCUGAAAAUCUGGGAGCAGCACUGACUCAGCGAGUGGUGAGACUGACGCAUUACACAGCAGUUACACACUAAGCUGACAGUCGUGCUGCAGACUGCUUCCUGGUGUCUUUGUCUUGUCAUGCUUGAACUUCCCCUUGAGUUUUUAAGUUAAAGUUUAAUACUAUUAGCUUUAAAAGCUCUUUGUUGUGCAAACGCUUAAGCAUCUGUGUGAAUUUACUCAUUUGGAUGUUUGCACUGUUACUGAUGGGAAGACUGCUGUGGAUGUCAUUCUGCACAUGUAAGGCUAGCAAGACAAAGCUCCAGAUCUGUGAAGGUAGUUGCAGUUAGGAAACGGAGACGAGCAGUCUUACUUCCCCAGAGUACUGGUAGGUUUGAUGCAAAUAAUGCCCUGGAAAUGGCUUUAUAAUGAAGCCUACAAUUAUUCCUUGAUUGAGUAGUUUUAAAAACACAAUUCAGACACUUGAGUUCUGUGAUAGUGAACAAAGAUAUAAACAAGGCCAUUUCAAGUUUCCCUGAUUCGAUGUGAGUAUGAAGUAUUGAUUACAGCUCUCUGUAGCUCAGCUGGACAACACAGUAGACAGUUGCAGGGUAGACUGGGGGGGGGGAGGAAGGGGGGGAGGAAACACAACAAAAGCUACUUCAGAAACUAGCUUUUGCUCAGAAAAGUAUAUCCUUCAGACCGAAGGACUAGGGAAGUAAACUUUAAUUAUUUUGUAUUAAUGCAACUCUAGGCACGCUUCUUCCAUUUUGUUCUUUUAAAUUCAGUAUUGCACUCCAAGCAACAAAAAGGUGUUCUGUGCAGAAGAUAUUUCAGAUUUUGACUGUAACAGCAGUUUUCUUUUUCUUUCUUUUUCCCUUUGGGUCUCACCAAAGGGUGUGUGAAGCUUGUUGAGUCGUUUGCCACCUGUGCUUUCCUGACAAUUAACCGCAUCAACCAUGAUUCCAACAGCCAUUUAGGAACAAAUAUUUCUUUUGAAAGUGAAUCUUAUACAACUGAUGAGAGAUGAGUGUCUAAAAGAAGGAAAUGCAUUGUCUCCAGCAGCUGUUUAUAUUUGUAAGAAAGCUACUGUUAUUUAUGUGUUGAUUUUGCUACUCUAUAAUGUGCCGUGAUGAGGCAAGGUUUAUUGUAUCAUGGACUUAGAUUCUCCAGAUCAGACACUUCUUUUUAACUGUGGAUAAGAAGAAAUCAGAGUAGCUUCUUCAAACAUCAGUGGCUUAGGUGGUUCUUUUGCAUUAUUGUUGAAUUAGCAGCUUUCUUUCAAUGCACACCUGAAAUUCCUGAUAUUGUAAUACUUCAUGGAAUCAUCCACAAUAGCCAGUGUAAUCACAAAAUAUGAUUUUCUUAACUCCAUGAGCAUUUUCUGUAAGCUGUCUUUUGUCGAUGAAUGUUUAAUUGUUAGUGGAAAUAUCUCUUCUUUUCCUGAGAAAGAAGUACAGAUCAUUGAUUGUACCAUUUCCUUCAAAAUGAAGGGCACUGCGUAGUAACUAAAAAGAAAUAAAAGAUUUAUAGUAUCUUUU